UCUUUCCUGUCUAGGUAUAUGCUCACGCGAUUUUAGAAGCUCCGUCUUUUUAUUUUUUAGUCCUACGAAGAAACAAGUUAAACAUGGCACCAAAGCCUAUCUGGGGGGCUAUCAGUUCUUACUUCUACCCUGAAGUCGAUGAACCUCAGACGGCUCUGAGCCCAGUCCCGGCCGCAAACGAUAAUAUCGAUGAGGAUGGGUGGAUGCUUGUUGGACCAAAGAGAGCACCUUCACCUGAUGCCGAUGAGGUUGGCUCAGUGAUAAUGGUCAAUCACGGCUGCGAAUCUGAUGACGAGGAACCCUGCUCGAAGAGAAUUUGUGAAGAGCAGCAAUUGGAGAACGUUUCUGAGAAGGAACACGUGGUUAAACACGUCAAACAGCUCAACCUUGUUGAGCAGAUGCUGUUCCAGCACACUGCUGCUGCCUCCGCACAAAGGGCCACCAACCCCAAGAACUCCUGGAAGGCAAGAAACUCUACCUUCAACAAAACCAAGCAGAACCGCAUGAGAAGCGCCAACCGUAACCCUGGCCGACGAUCUUGUUAGUUUCAAUUUAGUGUCUAAUUGUCCUUUUAUCUCCGGACGUUAGUUUUACUCGGACUGUGGCGGCCAAGCUCGGGCUUCGUUUAAUAUCGGGCUCAAAAUAACAAAAAAAUUAUUAAAAUGAUCAGAAAAUGUGUGAAAAUAGUACUUUUUAUCUCGGAGUUACUCUAGUUACGAUAUAUCUUGAGCAUUCGCACAUCGGAUUCAGACGUUGUAACAAUUUAUUUCACCCUUUUUGUUUCGUUUGGCUGGCUUGCAUGAUUGUUUUGGGCUAAGAAGACAGAGAAAAUCCCGGCCAAACAAUCUUUAGGUUUAAUUUUCCCUUGCCUAGACUCUGAAUUGAAUUGUCUAUAUAAAUUGUUGGUUAUAUAUUAUGAACUUGCUUAUGUAUAAUGCUGUAUUUGCUGUAAGAUAUUUCGAGUAUGAAUUAGAUUUUUUCAUGUUAUGUAUUUUGGUGUACAAACUAUUAAUUAUUACAAUAUUAUAAAAUAUUUUUACCCUGUUGAUUGUCAAAGACUGUACAUAUUGUUUUAUUUUGGAGGCAAGGGAUUCAUUUAUCAAGAUUUGAGCAGAUUGUUCUUGAAUUCUGUUUGGAACCAUUAAAACUUUCCCUUUUCGUAUAUAUUUUCAAAUUAUUAUCUACCAUUCAUGUUUAUUAAUAUGAAUAUGAAUAUGAAUACUUGAAUAGAUUGUAAAAUUGAAGUAGAAAAGUUUAAACUCGGCAACUUAAAUUCAA